AUCCCUUACCUGGCUGAUGGAGUUCGUAUCCAUGGAGAGAAAGUGACUGAGGCUCUGAGGCCUUUCCAUGACCGUCUGGAGGCCUGCUUCAAACAGCUCCGAGAGAAAGUGGAGAAACAGUAUGGAGUCAAGACACUGGUGAGAUCUCUCUGCUAUGCUCUUCCUCGAAUGACCGCGCGAGUCCCUAACUGGGUACCUGGUCUCCUCUCUCCACGUCACUAUGCAUGAACCCAACUGAUCUUUCUCCUCUCCUCUCCUCUCCGCUCCUCUCCGCUCCGCUCCCCUCCCCUCCCCUCUCCUCUCCUCUCCUCUCCUCUCCUCUCCUCUCCUCUCCUCUCCUCUCCUCUCCUCUCCUCUCUUCUGUUCUCCUCUCUCCUGUCUCCUCCGCUCUCCUCUCUCCUUCUCUUCCUCUCUACUUCUCCCCUCUCUCUCUAUCCUCUUUCCUCCUUUCCUCUCAUCCUACUCUCUCCUACACAUUUUACAUUGACAUGUUAGUAUUUUAGCAGACGCUCUUAUCCAGAGGUACUUACAGUUAGUGCAUUCAUCUUCAGAUAGCUAGGUGAGACAACCACAUAUCACAGUAGUUAGUAUAUUCAUCUUCAGAUAGCUAACUGAGACAACCGCAUAUCACAGUCAUAGAAAGUAGGAGGGGGGGGGGGGGGGGGGGGGGUCAAGUGCAAGGAGUGUGAGGAGGAUGAGUAUUUAAAAUGAAGAGGUAGGGUUUCAAAUGUUUUCAGAAGAUGGUCAGGGACUCUGCUGUCCUAGCUUCAGGGGGAAGCUGGUUCCACCAUUGGGGUGCCAGGACAGAGAAGAGCUGGGACUGGGCUGAGCGGGAGUGGGAGGGCUAAGAGACCUGAGGUGGCAGAAUGGAGUGGGAGGGGUUGGGGUGUUGAGUUUGAGGGAGGGGCAGUUCCUCUUGGUGUACUCCUACUCUCUCCUCUCCUAUUGCUGGCCCAUUCAAAAGUGUCCCUGGAUUUAUUUCCACACAAACUUUUGUGCCAUUCACCUGCAGUUUUGUCAAAAUUAUGGCCACAAUUAGGAUUAUUUUACAACAGCUUUUUACGUUGAUCCCAUGGUGUUUCUGUUGACGCACGGAGCAGAACAGAACAGACACAGACCUUGACUCAGUAUUUGAGUUCCUUAACUCUCCAUAUCCCCAAGUUUGUUGUCUUCCUGAACGGCCCUCUAUUGUGUCCUUGUUAUGUGAAUUUCUCUCUCUAAUUCAACCUAAGCUUGAAUCAUUACCAGAGGUUGUAAGGCUCUGGUUUUAAUCAUCAAUGAUUCAAGGUCCAUAACCACGAAGAAGGAUUUUUUGUGUUUUUAUUCAUGGAGAGCUCUGACGCCAAAAACACAAACAUACGAUUUUAUACCUCCUGGACUUGACUCCUCCCACCUUUAGGUGGCUUUUCUAAACAGUUUCCGCCUUCCCCUUCACCCUUGAAGGGUUAGUACCGCCCCCUCUGUUAGUGGGUUGACACUACAUGAUAAUUCUAACAUUUAUACUGUAUUUUGGGGGUGAAAUCCUUUAGUCAUUAUUCUUAAAAAUCCAAAUUAAUCUAACAGUCCUGUCCUCUCAGUCUCUGAACCCCAAUGCUGCUGACAACGCUAGCUACCAGGACCCUGGGCCAGUUCAGUAUGGAAGAGCACACACACUGAAUAGCCCCAAGGGCAUGGAUCUGUAGAUGGUAUAGACUAACACUGAUGCCAGGAGGCAGGUAUUGAUCACUCAGAGAUAGGAGGCGGAGAAUUUACAUGGUAUAAAUUCAUGAGGUUGGACUAUCAUCACUGCCGCUGGCUCGCGUGGCGUGUGCUUGCGGCGUGUGUGUGUGCUUGUGUGUGUGUGUGUGUGUGUGUGUGUGUGUGUGUGUGUGUGUGUGCACACGGCAUUAAUGAAUAUGCUAUAAGAGCCCUGCUCAAAGACAGAACAGCACAGCCAUAGCACAACAGACCAGGCUGACAGCAGACUGGGACUCUCUCAGGGGACUACCAGAAACAGAACUUUAUGUUAUAGCCGGACCUUGUAGUCAGGACUGCCAAUGUUAUAUGGAGCUCAAUAAUCUCUCUGUCUCUCUGUCUCUCUCUCUCUCUCUCUCUCUCUCUCUCUCUCUCUCUCUCUCUCUCUCUCUCUCUCUCUCUCUCUCUGUCUCUCUCUCUGUCUCUCUCUCUCUCUCUCUCUCUCUGUCUCUCUCUAUCCGUCUCUCUCUAUGUCUCUCUCUCCCUGUCGCUGUCUCUGUCUGUCUCUCUCUCCCUGUCGCUCUCUAUGUCUCUCUCUCUCUGUCUCUCUCUCUGUCUCUCUCUCUCUGUCUCUCUCUGUCUCUGUCUCUGUCUCUCUCUCUCUCUCUCUCUGUCUCUCUGUCUCUCUCUCUGUCUCUCUCUAUCUGUCUCUCUCUAUGUCUCUCUCUCUGUCUCUCUCUGUCUCUCUCUCUGUCUCUCUCUCUCUCUCUCUCUGUCUCUCUCUGUCUCUGUCUCUCUCUCUCUCUGUCAUGAUUAACUGUGGUGUACAUGAUGUUGUCAGUGUGUUAUUAGAUAAUGGUGUAGUAACUGCGUGGCACUACACUGUGUUGUGUGUGUUUCUUUCUGCAGCCUGCGGUGGAUGACAGGCGUGGGUCCCGUCCUCGCUCUAUGGUGCGUUCCUUCACCAUGCCCUCACAACAGAGACCGCUCUCUGUGGCUUCAGUCAACUCCGUCUCCUCUGACAACUCACCCUCCAGACCUGGCUCAGACGGGUAAGGAAUGACACAGACAGAGAGAGAGACAGACACGUUUAUGUGACAAAUGUGGACGUCCUGAUAAAAACAGUAAAAUGGGGGACACCUCCCUGAAUUUCUGAACACACCUUUCAAUAAGGACUGACACAAUGAUGCACAUGUUCAUGUGACAAAUGGGGACAUCAGGGGAAAGGGAAUUUUUGCAAAUGUCAGAACACCGCUUUCAAUAAUACACACACACAAACACACACUUUUAUGUGAAAAAUUGGGACGUCAGAAAAAAACCAGCAAAAUGAGACACUCCUUUCUGAAUGUCUGACCACACCUUCAUUAAGGACUAAUAUACACACUAUACACAUUUCAGGUUUAAAUUCAAUAUAUCAAUUUUUCUGCGAUAGAAAUCCUUGGGCAGGCCUAAGUCUAAACUAAAAAAACGUAACGACUAAAACCAGAUAUAAAGUAUUUAGAAAAGAUAAUGGACUAAUAAUUGUUUUAAUAAAAUGAUUCUCAAAUGUAAAUAAUCUUUGAGAACUAACAAUCACCAAAAACAAUGUAUUUAACAGUAUCGAUUUUGUUAUUAAGAUGCCGACAGUGCCCACAAUUUAAGCCCCUUUUUGAUACAGAAAACCCCUGCUCAUCACAGAUCUUCAUUAAUUCUCCCUGUUGUCCUCUCCCUCCCAGCUUUACCCUAGAGCCUCUCCUGCCAAAGAAGCUGCACUGUAAGUCCCAGGACAAGCUGGAGCGCGACGAGUCGGAGAGGGAGAGGAAGGACAAGAAGAAGGAGAAGAGGAACAGUAAGCACCAGGAGAUCUUUGACAAGGAGCUGAAGACCACUGAGAUCCUCCUGCAGCCCGCCGAGGCAGUCAUACUGUCAGAGACGGUGAGUGGGAAACUAUCCCUAGGCUCCUCCCUCCUCUCCUCUCCUCUCAGCACCACAUCCUCCUAGCUCCAGGCUCCUCCCCUCCCUCCCUCUCUCCCUCCCCCCUCUCUCCUCUCCUCUCAGCACCACAUCCUCCUAUCUCCAGGCUCCUCUCUUCCCUCCCUCCUCUCCUCUCCUCUCCGCACCACAUCCUCCUAUCUCCAGGCUCCUCUCCUCCCUCCCCCUCCCUCCUCUCCGCACCACAUAAUUCUUCCUCCAGGCUCCUCUCCUCUUCUCUUCAUUUCAGCAGCAGAGCAUCAAAGCCCUCUGCUCUGGCCCUUUGGGAUGAAGCCACCGGUCGGUAAUGAAAUUAAGAUAAGGAUCUGAGUGUGGCCCUGGUGGUAGAUCAGCCAGCCAGGCAUCAGUCGUCUGGUCCCUGAUAGAGCUUCUACCCUGGGGCCUGAGAAGAGAGGAGAGAUGACUCUUUCAUUCAAUCUCAUUGGCACAGGGAAGAGGCUAACAUCUGUAAGCUGUAGGAUUUACAGUGCCUUCAGAAACUAUUCAGACCCCUUGACUUUUUCCACAUUUUGUUACGUUACAGCCUUAUUCUAAAAUUGAUUAAAUUGUUUUUUUCCCCUCAUCAAUCUACACACAAUACCCCAUAAUGACAAAGCAAAAACAGGUUUUUAGAAAUGUUUGCUAAUUUAUUAAAAAUAAAAAACGGAAAUAUUACAUUUACAUAAAUAUUCAGAACCUUUACUCAGUACUUUGCUCAAUGCUGUAAACCCUUUGGCAGCGAUUACAGCAUUGAGUCUUCUUGGGUAUGACGCUACAAGCUUGGCACACCUGUAUUUGGGGAGUUUCUCCCAUUCUUCUCUGCAGAUCCUCAAGCUCUGUCAGGUUGGAUGGGGAGCGUUUCAGGUUUCUCCAGAGAUGUUCGAUCUGGUUCAAGUCCGGGCUCUGGCUGGGCCACUCAAGGACAUUCAGAGACUUGUCCCGAAGCCACUCCUGCAUUGUCUUGGCUGUGUGCUUAGGGUCGUUGUCCUGUUGGAAGGUGAACCUUUGCCCCAGUCUGAGGUCCUGAGCUCAUUAAAAUGCAAAUCAAUUUAUAACAUUUUUGCCAUGCGUUUUUCUGGAUUUUUUUGUUGUAUUUCUGUCUCUCACUGUUCAAAUAAACCUACCAUUAAAAUUAUAGACUGAUCAUGUCUUUGUCAGUGGGCAAACGUACAAAAUCAGCAGGGGAUCAAAUACUUUUUUCCCUCACUGUAAAUAAAUGUGUAGCCCUUUAAAACUUCUUCACAAUAAAGCUUGAAAUUAUACCCUACCAUGUGAAAACCAAUAUUGAGGCACAAACCACAAAUUAGAUGCAGUAAGCUGACAAUAAACAGCAGUUUCCAUCUGGGCCCUGCUUCAGAAAUACAAAUAGCCUUCAUAUGUUCAGAGAGAAAUACGCUGAGCCAAUCCCGACGAGGAUACGAAAGCAAUUUUCACUGUAAAUUAUAUUGAAUUGAUCUCUCCUUUGUUAUACUUCAACAGACACAGUUGGUCUUUCAGUGCAGUACAUUCACAGAAUGGUGAUCUCACUUGGUUUUCAGGAUGUAGUUUAGAUGGUCUGACUUUACCACUAAUAAAUAAUAGGUUUGGUAGCAACAUGAUGGUGAUAGGUGGUCUCUCUCUAUCUCGGCUAGUAGAGGGAUCUAAGAAGGGAGAGAGUAGCUAGGAGAGUAGAAGAGAGGGGGGAGAGAGAGAGGAGAGAGAGCGCAGAGACAAGAGAGAGAGAGAGAGAGAGAGAGGAGAGAGAGAGAGAGGAGAAGAGAGAGAGGGAGAGAGAGCGAGGAGAGAGAGAGAGACGUAGAGCAUAGAAUAAGCUAGCGAGAAGAGAUCGCGAGCUCUCUAUAUCUUGUGUAUCUAUCUCUCUGAUAUCGUUCUCUCUCUCUCGCUCGUCUCUCUCUCUGUCUAGAUCUCUGUUCUUCUCGGGCUAUCUCUCUCUCUCUCUCUCUUUUUCUCUCUAUAUGAGACUCGAGCUCAGCGCGUCACGCGCUCUCGCUCUAUCUCUUUUAUCUAUCUCUCUCUCUCUCUCUCUCUCUCUUCUCUCUCUCUCUCUCUCUCUCUCUCUCUUUCUCUUUGUUUCUUGCUUGCUUUUUUAUUUCUUGCUCUUUCUUUAUUGAUUGAUUGCAACAUGAUCUCUGAUGCCGCUCUUCAGACUUCCUCAGAUCAGCCCGCUUAUGUCUUUUUUAAUUAGAUUGAUUGAUUUGACCAGAUUCCAACAGGAUCUGUGAUAUGUCUCUUCUCUCUCUGUGUGUUCAGAUCAGCCCACUGAGGCCUCAGAGACCAAAGAGUCAGGUGUUGAACCUUUUGAGUGGAGACCGCCGUCUCUCUGUGUCCCCCGGACCCCCCCAGCCCCAGUCCUCCCCGGGCCCCCCAGCCAUCACCCCCAGGAACAAACUGUCCUUCAGCCUGCACACCGUUUCCAGUGAGUAAACACACCUACGCACCUUCCAGGUACCUCCACCAUGUUCUCUUACCCUGCAGGCUGAAUGUCUCCUUCCCUGGGCUCUCUAGGGUCGUCUCUGUCUUCCCUGGGCUCUCUAGGGUCGUCUCUGUCUUCCCUGGGCUCUCUAGGGUCGUCUCUGUCUUCCCUGGGCUCUCUAGGGUCGUCUCUGUCUUCCCUGGGCUCUCUAGGGUCGUCUCUGUCUUCCCUGAGCUCUCUAGGGUCGUCUCUGUCUUCCCUGGGCUCUCUGGGGUCGUCUCUGUCUUCCCUGGGCUCUCUAGGGUCUUCUCUGUCUUCCCUGGGCUCCCUAGGGGGUCGUCUCUGGCUGUGUCAUUGCAUCACUGUGUCGUAGCAUCACUCCAUCCCACGUUAUCCCCACAGAAACUAUGCAGAGAUAGAUAGAUGGGGUGUCUCAGCCGCUGUUAGAUCUUGAGCUCAGACAGACAGAUCGUAACGCUGCUCGUUCCGUGGGGAAGCGAAUGCUCCUACCACUGUCCCUCCCAAGCAUCUUUGACCGGUGUUUUGGCUUCCUGCCCCGCAUACUGCUCUAACUUGCGAGUUGGUAAUCUCCUGCUCGUUUGAUAAAGUGCAGCCAGGAUCCAUACAGUGAGUUAGUUCUCUGCCUUCUCUCUGUUUAUCGUGCUGGUGCAUGUGUCAUCAAGUCUGUGUUGCUUGUGUGUGUUUGCCAUUUCACUGGAGGAGUUUGUUUUCAGGAGGCAGGGUUUGUUCAGGAGGCGGAGCUUGUGUUCAGGAGGCGGGGGGUGUUCAGGAGGCGGAGCUUGUGUUCAGGAGGCAGGGGGUGUUCAGGAGGCGGAGCUUGUGUUCAGGAGGCGGGGGGGUGUUCAGGAGGCGGAGCUUGUGUUCAGAAGUUAGGGGGUGUUCAGGAGGCGGAGCUUGUGUUCAGGAGGCGGAGGGUGUUCAGGAGGCGGGGUGUGGGUUAUGUUUGCGAACUCAUUUUAGCUCACAACAAGUUUAUAGCAUAAUACUAGACAGGAGAACGCUGCAAAGCUCAAUGCGAUGAAUACGUAUCAAGCACUACACUCCAUGAACUACUCGAUCAACAAAAAGAGAUCUGAUAGAUUUGCAGGAAAAUAACUAAUUCCUUCCUGCAACUCUUUAUGGAUUCUACUAACAAAAGGGUUGAUGAUCUGUUUAAGGAUAUAAUGGAAUUUAAACACAGUUUGGAGUUUACACAGUCGGAGGUGGAGGAACUAAAGGGCAUGAAUGUCACCAGCCAGACCGCAUUCAAAACCAUGUUUGAGGAUUUCGCAAUUUUCCAAACAACACUUGACAAGCGCUCUUCCAAAGGAGACUACCUCGAAAACCAAUCGAGGUGCAAUAACAUUUUAAUUGAUAGAAUUGAGGACGUAUAGAUUGAAACUUGGCGUGACACAGAAUCUGGACGGCCCAGAUCUAUAGUGGUGAAUCUGCUCAGGUUCAAAGACGAGGAGAUUCUCAGGAGAGCCAAGUGCCUGAAGACAAGGAGAUACUCAGGAGAGCCAAGUGCCUGAAGACAAGGAGAUUCUCAGGAGAGCCAAGUGCCUGAAGACAAGGAGAUUCUCAGGAGAGCCAAGUGCCUGAAGACAAGGAGAUUCUCAGGAGAGCCAAGUGCCUGAAGACAAGGAGAUUCUCAGGAGAGCCAAGUGCCUGAAGACAAGGAGAUUCUCAGGAGAGCCAAGUGCCUGAAGACAAGGAGAUACUCAGGAGAGCCAAGUGCCUGAAGACAAGGAGAUUCUCAGGAGAGCCAAGUGCCUGAAGACAAGGAGAUUCUCAGGAGAGCCAAGUGCCUGAAGACAAGGAGAUUCUCAGGAGAGCCAAGUGCCUGAAGACAAGGAGAUUCUCAGGAGAGCCAAGUGCCUGAAGACAAGGAGAUUCUCAGGAGAGCCAAGUGCCUGAAGACAAGGAGAUUCUCAGGAGAGCCAAGUGCCUGAAGACAAGGAGAUUCUCAGGAGAGCCAAGUGCCUGAAGGGAACCAAAAUCUUCAUCAAUGAAGACUUCUCCGAAAAAAGGUACGCCUCAAAAGACAGGAUCUGCUGCCACGACAAAUUGAAGAACGAAAGAAAGGCGACAUGGCAUACCUGAAGUAUGAUCAGCUGAUCGUCCCCCCCCCCCCCCCCCCCCCCCCCCCCCCCCCCCCCCCACCCCCCUCUCAUAGGCCUAUGGCAAGUGACUCUGCUAUAGUCCACUGAUUUGACACACCCACACAUACACACAUAUUUACUCUAAGUUGUUCAUGUGUUUCACUUAACCUCGUGACCAAAAACACACAUUGCUCUAAAUGUCAUAACCCUCUGAAGUCUUCAGUGGUGUUAUGUGGACCGUGUCAAUGUGCGUUCCAUAGGAAGUGCACCCCCUAUUGAUAAAACUAACACAAAUGUAUGGUUGUAUUGGACAUGUGAGGCAUGCACUUCUAUGUUUCCGUUCCACUCUCUGGAUGAUUCCGACGUUGUAUCUCUUCUUAGUUGGGCAGGAUAUCAGCCCUGAUAACAUGGUCUUUAACCCAUUAGAUAUUAAUGAAGCCAACGAUACAUUUCAUAAUUGUGUUGAUCCAGAUUCAAAUUUCUUGAAAUUGACCAGAGAUGAGUCUAUCACUUGUGAUUACUAUAAUGUUAAGCAGUUGAACAACCUGUUUAGCAGUUUAUCUAAUUCCAAACGUAUUUUCUACCUUUUCAUUUGACCGUUCAGUCUUCCUAAAAAUCAUGACCACCUUGUUCAUUUAUCUGUCUUUCUCUCAGUCAUGUAUGUUCCAUCGUUGCCCUUUUCAGAAACAUGGCUGACUGAAGAGACAACCGUGCUUUAUGACACGUCUCCUCAUAAUGCUGUUCACCACUGUAAAACAUCCAGAGUGGGAGGGGCCAUUUUUGUUCAUAAACAUUUUCAAUUCUUUGUAAGAGAGGACCUCGCACUUACAUCUGAUAACAUUAAUGUUGAAUCUCUUUUCAUAGAAAUUCCCUCCUGUUCAUUUUUUGGUUGUACAUUUUUUUUGUAAUCGGAUGCAUCUAAUUGGCCACCUGAUUCUGACAUUGGUAGGUUCAUUGGAUUAAUAAUGAAGAUAAAAUGUGUUUUCUAUUGGGUGAUUACAACAUGAACGUAUUUAAAAGUGAGAACCACUAACUGACAUUUGACUUUUUGAAUACUUUAUACUCCAGCUAUCUGUUUCCCCUCAUCUAUAAGCCCACAAGAGUGACCAGUUCAUCUGCAACCCUUAUUGAUAAUAUUUUUACAAAUUCUUUAAUAAUGUGGCUAAUACAGGUAUACUUUAUAAUGACAUUUCUGACCACUUUCCAAUUUUCCACUUCUCUUCGGCAGCUGGAAAUGAACAGAUGGGGAUGAUUAGUAGCAUUAAAUGUAGAAUAUUUAACUAAAGUAAUUGCGAGCGCUUUAAGAUGUUGAUUGAUGAUAUUUCAUGGGAAAAUAUUUAUAAUCAGGCCGAUGUGGAGUCUGCUUACAAGACUCACAUCUUUCAACUCUGUAUUUCACCACUGCUUUCCCUGAGUUAAACCACAUAAGAGAGCAGCAGAAGGUUCUGGAAACCUUGGUUUACAACCGGUCACAAAAAAUCCUCAGGAAAAAAAAAGUUGCAUAAAAAGUUCCUCAAAAAUCCCUCUCCCCUGAAUUCUGCAAAUUACAAAAAGUAUAAGAACAUAUUUACUCACCUACUUCAGAUAUCAGUGUCUUCCUCGAUUACUGAGCCUCUAACGUAUAUCUAAUAUCCUCCCGAGUGGUGCAGUGGUCUAAGGCACUGCACCGCAGUGCUAGCUGUGCCAUUAGAGAUCCUGGUUCGAAUCCAGGCUCUGUCGUGGCGGCGCACAAUUGGCCCAGCGUCGUCCAGGGGAGGGAAUGGCCGGCAGGGAUGUAGCUCAGUUGGUAGAGCAUGGCGUUUGCAAUGCCAGGGUUGUGGGUUCGAUUCCCACGGGGGUCCAGUAUGAAAAAAUAAAUAAUAAUAAUAAUAAAAAUGUAUGCACUCACUAACUGUAAGUUGCUCUGGAUAAGAGCGUCUGCUAAAUGACUAAAAUGUAAAAUAUCUUCACCAAAUCUAUUCAAACUGGUAUUGUUCCUAAAGAUUUGAAAAUAUUCCAAAGUUAUCCCCCUCUAUAAAUCUGGGGAUCCAAGAUAUUUUACAAAUUAUCGCCCAGUAUCUGUACUACCGUGUUUUAAUAAAAUCUUAGAAAAAUGAGUGUAGAAGAGACUGUUGAAACAUUUAAAUCAACACUGUAUUCCAUAUGAGCACCAAUAUGGUUUUCGUAAAAACUACUUUCGUAAAAACUACUGGCUUGCAACUUGUGGAUAAAAUCUUUACAGCCCUGAACAACAAUGAAUAUGCUCUUGGCAUCUUUUUAGAUUCAUCCAAAGCGUUUGACACGGUUGAUUAUGAAAUAUUACUUUCUAGAUUACAUUACUACGGUUUUCAUGAUUAUACAUAUAAUUGGCUACGUAGUUAUGUUCAUGAUAGAGGACAAUUUGUUUAUUCAAAUGGCUGUGCAUCUACCAGGGCCAAGACAUCCUGUGGCGUCACACUGAGUUUGAUAAUUGGACCUUAGUUAUUCCUAAUCUAUAGCAAUUACUUUACCAUACUACCCAUUCUCUUUGCUGAUGAUACCAAUUAGAUUUUAUCACGCAAUCAUUUUGAUUCACUAAGUAAUGAAGCCAACUCAGGCAUGGACACAUUUUCUGAAUGAUUCCAGAUAAAUUAUCUUUAAAUGUUAAAAGAUCCAACUUUAGUUUACUCACUAGUAAGAAUAAGACAUAUUGUAUGAAAAAUACAUAAAAUAAUAAAUUAAUAAACAGAAUCUCAAUUGUUGGGAAUUAAAUGGAACAAGUCACAUCCACUAGAUUCCUCCUGAGUUUUAAUUGAUGAAAAGUUAUCCUGGAAAGAUCAUAUUCAAUUUGUCUGCAGCAAAGUGAUGAAAUCUGUUAGUAUCAUCUGAAACAUUAUUGGUUUGGUUCAUCAGCCUUGCUUCCUAACUCUAUACUGUAGCUUAAUUUACCCAUAUCUCAUUUACUGUGAUAUUGUCUGGGCCAGUACAUAUGCCUCCUACCUACACAAAUUACUCAUCAUACAAAAUACAUUUGCAAGACUAGCCACCUCCUCUAAUUACCUGGCUCCAUCUGCACCUUUGUUUAAGAAACGGAAUAGCUUGUCUAUUUACGACGUUAAUGUACGACAACUUUAAUCUACAAAUACUCACACCUCCCAGACAGUUUACCUAAACCCUUCAAUGGAUUCUUCCAGGUUUAUUCUGAAAUCCAUCUAUAUAACACAAGACACUGCGAUAACCUUCACCCUCCCCACUGCACAUAGUCAAUUCUCUAUCAGAUACAGAGGUACCAUACUCUUGAAUUCUUAUCUUCACAUUGCCAAAACAUCAUCAUCACUCAAUAACUGGGGGUCAGCCUGAUGAACCAAACUACUCAGUAAUCUCCUCCAUGAAGACUGGGGGUCAGCCUGAUGAACCAAACUACUCAGUAAUCUCCUCCAUGGAGACUGGGGGGUCAGCCUGAUGAACCAAACUACUCAGUAAUCUCCUCCAUGAAGACUGGGGGGUCAGCCUGAUGAACCAAACUACUCAGUAAUCUCCUCCAUGAAGACUGGGGGAUCAGCCUGAUGAACCAAACGACUCAGUAAUCUCCUCCAUGGAGACUGGGGGAUCAGCCUGAUGAACCAAACUACUCAGUAAUCUCCUCCAUGAAGACUGGGGGGUCAGCCUGAUGAACCAAACUACUCAGUAAUCUCCUCCAUGAAGACUGGGGGUCAGCUUGAUGAUCCAAACUACUCAGUAAUCUCCUCCAUGAAGACUGGGGGAUCAGCCUGAUGAUCCAAACUACUCAGUAAUCUCCUCCAUGAAGACUUGGGGUCAGCCUGAUGAUCCAAACUACUCAGUAAUCUCCUCCAUGAAGACUGGGGGUCAGCCUGAUGAACCAAACUACUCAGUAAUCUCCUCUAUGAAGACUGGGGGUCAGCCUGAUGAACCAAACUACUCAGUAAUCUCCUCCAUGAAGACUGGGGGUCAGCCUGAUGAACCAAACUACUCAGUAAUCUCCUCCAUGAAGACUGGGGGUCAGCCUGAUGAACCAAACUACUCAGUAAUCUCCUCCAUGAAGACUGGGGGUCAGCCUGAUGAACCAAACUACUCAGUAAUCUCCUCCAUGAAGACUGGGGGUCAGCCUGAUGAACCAAACUACUCAGUAAUCUCCUCCAUGAAGACAGGGGGUCAGCCUGAUGAACCAAACUACUCAGUAAUCUCCUCCAUGGAGACUGGGGGGUCAGCCUGAUGAACCAAACUACUCAGUAAUCUCCUCCAUGGAGACUGGGGGUCAGCCUGAUGAACCAAACUACUCAGUAAUCUCCUCCAUGAAGACUGGGGGUCAGCCUGAUGAACCAAACUACUCAGUAAUCUCCUCCAUGAAGACUGGGAGAUCAGCCUGAUGAUCCAAACUACUC